AACGAUAAACGAAUAAGUUGCUCAUAUUAGUCAUAUUAUUGUCAUAAGGUCCAUGGAGAUUUGGUUUUCCCCCCAUUAUCGUCUUGUCCGUCCAGGAAUGCCAACCGAACACGGUAACCGAUACACAAUAUUUAAUCGAUACUCCGUUCGAUGUUGACAAAUUCGAAGUUUUUGAUUUUUUUACACACAAGAACACACAGACACAGUAUUAUGACCAUCGACAAACUCGGUCAAAGUCGUCGAUGAAAAUUUAAAAGACCAAAAUAUUUUAUAUUCGUAUACGCCGUAGGAAACGCGCGCCAUCACAUUUUUAAAUUUUCGAUUCUUCGCCCCAACGAUGGGGGUCGCAAAGUCACGAUUUGUAAUCAACUACGCGGCGUCUUGAAUCGUGCCCGCAGCUAAAAAAUGAAUGAAAAAAUAAUCGCUAUUUUACGGAAGAUACACCACCACGUCUGACGAUCACCACCGGGCGGUUCGACGUGUUAACAUCGAUUUGUACAAUUUAUAUUUUAUUUUUUUUUAUUGUACCGUGCCCGCUCGGCGGUGUUUGUUUACCGCGUCCCGGGACCCACGAUCCCGCGGUGACGGAUCGCCAGCCCACCACCACCCACGGGCCACGGUCGGCAGCCUCACUCGUCAGCGGCAGCGGCAGUGGGGCCCGGGCGCCGCCUGGCCACAGCAGCACAGUGCACACGUUCGGCUCAGUGCUACACAGUCACGGCGUCGUCUCACACAGUCAGACACACUGCAGCACGCGCACGCGACACGCUCACAUCCAGCAAAUCGUACACACACGCGCACACACACACACGACACACACACACACACCAAGACACACGUACACGGACAUCGACGAACCUCACAAGGCACUGCGCAGCGCACGCACGCACAAAGAUACAAAGACGUAUCGCGCAAAUCGCAGCUGAUCUCCUCACACAUUCUCACCACUGACUCUCUCUCCAACGCUGAAACGCACACAGACAUGUCAAAAUGACGGCUGUGACGAACGAAUCUGUGAAUAACAAUAAUUGUUAUAACCACAACAACAACAACAACAACAGCGACAAUGAAAAUCCGUGCAAUUUUUUCCUCGUGCGCGGACGUACGUCGUACCAUCGUUUUAGACACAACUGAGUCUUUGAACGCGAUGUAGAAGCGGACGACACACUCAUAUGUAUAUAUAUAUAUAUAUAUAUAGAUAAAUAGAUUUAUUUAUAUAUAUAUACAUAUAUAUAUACAUAAUAUAGCGACGAGAAAAAUUUGCACAUAUUCUAGACCAAGCGUCUAGAAUACAAUGUCUUCUCCUAACCAACAACCAGUUGUAGAGGACAUUGUCACUGUUUUUGAAACAACUCAAAAUCAGUCCUGGUCCAUAUUCAACGAUAAGCUGAACAGUGUUUCCAAUAAAAACUCUAAGAAAAAAGAUCCAGUUAAAUCAGAAAACUCUAUUACUCUAACUAGUGAUGACGUUCCUGUAUUUGGCUUAGUCCCUCGACUUGAUAAAGUAAUGUUAGUUUCAUGUAAUGAAUGUGCAAUGAUAGUAAAAAGAGAUUGUAUACAUAGUCAUUUUUAUCGCCGUCACAACAGUAAUAAUGUUAGUCAUUCAGAAGCUGAUAAAUUUUCACUAGUUAACUUUUUGAGCACUGUAAAAACCAAUAAAAAUAAAAAGCUAAAAAUGACUGUUCGAAAACCUGAAAAGAAAAUUAAUGAACGCGAAAAAGUUAAUACUGUUGUAAAAGAAAUAAAAACUGAAUUUGAUCAAAUAGAAUAUGAAAGAUUAUUAGAAAUAAAUAGAGCAAAAAUCAAAGAAGAAAAUACAACUGAAUAUGUUGAUCAACAUAAUGUUGAUAUGGUAACAACAAGUUGCAACCCUAAUACCAGUUCUGGUAAUUUUGAUUGGGAUGUUAAACCAUGUAUUAAAAGUGAAACUCAGUGUACUGAUCAUAAAGCAAAUGAAGAAAUUAUAGAACAUAAAGAUUUUAAUAAAUUAUCAACUGUAUCACUUGAUAAUAAAAAAGAUCUACAAAGCAAUAAAUAUUUAGAUAUUCAAAACACUGAACAUGUUGUUAAUUAUGUUACUAGUUCUAAUAGGUUAUUGAAACUAGAUCGAAAUAAAAAAAUGAAACCUAAUGUAACUAUAGAUUUUUCCGGUUUUAUGUAUGGUGAUGAAGAAGAAUAUUACGAAAAAUAUCACAAAUGUAAAAAUAAGUACCAAAAACUACCACAUAAAAUAAAAAAUAUUAAAGAAAAAUCUAAAUUAACAAUAAAAAAUGAGUAUUCAGAUAUAAUGGACAAUAAAAGUUAUAAUGAUAUUUCAACUUUUUAUAAUCAAUCAUCAAAUACAUCUGCAGUUGAUGUAAAAAUUGAAUAUUAUAAAUUAUUUUCUGGAUUACAAAAUGACUGUGAACAAACAAAACUUUUUCCGUGCAAUAAAUAUUUAGAUGUAAAAAAUGAAAUCCCUAGUGAUUCUUACAGUACCAGUUAUCAUCAACCUACUGAAUCACCGAAAGAAGAAUUUAAAAAUAUACCAAAUAAUAUAUAUCCAGAUAUAAAAAUAAAAGAAGAAUAUGAUGAAAAUAAUGACAAAUAUAAAGCUGAAUUAUGUUCAUCAGACAAUAAUAAUUUUGAAGUCAUAAGUAAUACAUGUUCUGGUAAUGUUGAUAGUAAUCCUUCGACAAUUUUUCCAUGUAGUUCUGUCAGUGUCAAAGAAGAAGUAACAGAGAGCAGUGAAAAUAUAAUGAAUAAUGAAAGUUCUGAUGAUACUGUUGUAAGCAACAAUCCAUCGUCAAUUGCAAUACUAGAUAUUAAUGAAGUAUCAAAGCCUUUGUUAAUUCCUACCAAUACAAUUGAAGAAUCAAAAUCUUCAUUAAAUAUAGACUUAAACAAUGAAAAAUCAAAACAUUCAUUAAUCACUGACUACAUUACUGAUAAUUCUUACACUGAAUAUUAUCAACUAUAUACAAAUUCAAUUCCUCAACUUUCACCAAGUUAUAAGUAUUUAGAUGAUAAUAAUUUACAGGAUGAAGAUAAUUUGAAUAAUCAGCUUAGUUUUCAAGUUGAAGAAGAUUUGAAUGAUAAACUCAAUUAUCAGGAAAAAGACCAUUUUAAUGAUGAGCUAAAUUUGCAGAGGAAAGACAAAUUAAGUGAUGAACUCAGUCUACAGGUUAAAGAAGAUUUAAAUGAUGAACUCUGUUUACGAGAUGAAGAAGAUUUGAACAAUGAACUUUUUCUGGAUGUAAAAGAUUUUAUUGAUGAAAUCGAUUUACAGCCUGUAGGUGAUUUAACCAAAAAAAUAAAUUGGCAAAGUGAUGAUGAUUUGGACAAUGAACUAAAUUUGCAGGGUGAAGAAAAUUUGAAUAUUGAAUUCAAUUUACAGGGUGAAGGCGAAUCGAGUAUGGACCUUGAUUAUCAGGAUGAAGAUAAUUUGAGAGAUGAACUCAAUCAACAGAGUGUUAAUAAUUUUGAUAUUAAAUUCAGUAUUCUAAAUGAAGACAAUUUAAGUAAUAGAGAAGACUUGAAUGAUGAAAAAAACUUAAGUAGUAAAGAAAAUUUGAGUAGUGUUGAUGUUAAAAUUAAUGACAAUUUAAAAUAUGAUUGUUUAACACCAUCAUCUCAAUCACAAAACAAUGAAGAAGAAGCAAAACAAAUACCAAGCAAAGAGUGUUCUGUUAUUAUAAAUAAUGAAAGUUCUAAUGUUACUUUUACUGGUCAUGACCAAUCAUCCACUGUAACACUAGACAAUGAAAAAGAAUCAGAAGUUAAUUCUAUAAUAGAUGAUGCUUAUGUUGUGGUUGAUAAUGAUGGUAUUAUUGACAACUUUGAAAAUGAAUAUUAUCGAUUAUCGCCUGAACUAUUUGACCACGACGCACAGACAUCAUUUACACCAACUUAUAAAUACUCAGAUGUUAUAAGUAAUGAAAGCUCUGACAAUUCUGAUGAGUCCGUAUCAAUUCAUGAUCAAUCGUCUAUUGAAUCAUUAGAUAUUAGGGACCAAACAGAUAAUUCGUCAACUGAAAAUUCCUCUGAUUUUAUCAUUGAAGAGAAUUUGUAUGACUCUGAUUCUACUAUUGGUAGUAGUAAUCAAUCAACUGAAUUAUAUGAUACUAUGAAAAAACCAAAAUAUACUCAAACCAAUUUUUUAGAAGACCAUGAACAGUUCAUGGAUCGUAUUUCUGAGAAGUUGGCUAAAUCAUUUGGUUCCAAAGUUGGUAAAAACAAUUGUACUCACACCAAUGCACCUUUGGAAUGUAUGAAUUGUUGUAAAACCUCUGAGGAUUUCAUUGACACCUCUGGCACUCAAAUCGAUGAACAUUCUGUUCCUAUUAACUCUAAUAUUCAAAUUGAUAAAUAUAAUGCUAAUAAUUUUACCCCUAUUAGUUCAAGUGCUCAAAUUAUAAAUAAUACCAUCAUUCCCAAAGAUGUUGAAGAAUAUGAACUUAAAGAUAAUAAUGACUGUGAUUGUAAUGUUUCAAAUAGAUCACAUUAUUUAUCUCAUUUUCAUCCACAUCCUUGUAAUACGGCAAGUCAAAAUAACAAUUUAAUGCAUAGCCCUAUCAAUGAAAACGAUUGCAAAGUAUACAGUUCUGAACAUUACAAAUCAAAUGAGCAUAUUUUAUACGGAAAUACAAUUAAUGAAGUGAAACCAUUUAUUGACAAAAAUAAUGAAAUUUAUAAAGAAUUUAUGAAGAUUGUUGAUAACAGUAUUCCUGAAAGAAAAUGUAAAAUAAUGCCAUAUACCAGAAUAGUAAAGAAUUUAAAAAGAAAAUUAAAGAGGCGAGUUGCUGACGAUAAAGAAAAUUGUAAUCAUUUGAUAUCGAGAGGCUUUAAAAAAUUUAAGAUAGAAUUUAUAGACAGAGAUAUUUCAUGCUCUGAUGAAUCUGACAAUAAUGAUAAUGUCGAUGAUUGAAAAAAUUAAUUUUUAGAUAUUUUACUAAGACUUCCUUAAGGUCUCAUUAUAUUAUAUUUAUUUGUUCCUGAUUUUAAAAAUAAUUUUUAAUCUUCCAACUGAAAAUAUAUGUUGCCUAGUAACUAGUUUUAUUUUUGUCAAUAAUUAUUUUAUUAAUAUAAUUUUUUACUUUCUUUUUUUAUAAA